AUGACCGGGCGAGUAUUUCCUUAUCCCCUGGCCGACGUGUGCACUGUAACCAAUGUCCAAGCCGCUCUGCCUGCUAAUGGGACCUUUUUGGGAAUCGACUUGAUUCCUACCUCUGUGACGGCGGCUGUGACCAACUCUACGGGAUCCAGCGGUCCUGGCAGUGCUUCUUCGAGCUCUGCCAUUUACACCUACUGCAAUGUCACCGUCGCUUACACUCACACAGGCAAAGGCGACAAAGUCGUGGUGACUUAUGCCUUUCCCAGCCCUUCCGACUUUCUGGGUCGUUUCUACGUGCCUGGUGGGGAGGCCUGGUCUCUCUCUACUGAUCCCACCGGUGGCUUGGAGUACGGUGCCGUCGGCGGUGUAAGCGACGGAGGUUACGAUAACGCCAACAGUGCUUAUGAUACUGUAUUCCUCUACGGAAAUGGUUCGAUCAACUGGGACGCCACCUAUAUGUUCUCGUACCAGGCCCUUGGUGAGAUGACCCAAGUCGGCCAAGCUGUUACCCCGGGGUUUUACGGCGCCUCGGCCGACGCCAAGUUGUACACUUACUUCGAAGGAUGCUCUGACGGUGGUCGACAAGGCAUGAGUCAGGUUCAGCGAUGGGGCGAGCUGUACGAUGGUGUUGUUGCUGGUGCUCCCGCCUUCCGCGCCGCACAGCAGCAGGUUCUCCAUAUGUGGUCGGCCGUCGUUGAGCAUACCAUGGACUAUUACCCCCCGUCCUGCGAACUCGACAAAAUCGUGAAUGCUACUAUCGCCGCUUGCGACCCUCUCGAUGGCAGAACCGAUGGUGUCAUUUCCAGAACCGACCUUUGCAAGCUGAACUUCAAUCUUACCGAUUUAAUCGGCGAGCCCUACUAUUGCGCCGCGGAGAAUAGUACCUCGCUCGGGUACGGCUUCAAUAAGCGACAGGCUGCCGGCAGCGAAGCUGUGACCACCCCGGCACAAAAUGGCACCAUCAGCGCCGAAGGUGUACAGCUCGCCCAGUCCAUCUACGAUGGUGUUUUCAACAGCAAGGGUCAGCGUGCCUAUCUGUCUUGGCAGAUUGGGUCUGAGCUUGAAGAUGCCGCUGCCACCUAUGACUCUGACACUGGUGCUUGGGAGCUCGAUAUCGUCCAAACUGGAGGUGAAUUCGUUUCCCGGUGGAUCGAGCUCUUGGAUGCUGAUAACAUUUAUUCCCUCGAUAACGUUACCUACGAUACCGUGGUUGAAUGGAUGAAGGUGGCCUUUGUUAAAUACUACGACAGCUUACAGACUACUGAGCCGGAUUUGAGCAACUUCCAGUCUAGUGGCGGCAAGCUGCUCCACUAUCACGGAGAGUCUGACCCCAGUGUACCCGCAGCGUCGUCUGUUCACUACUGGCAGUCGGUGCGUUCCGUCAUGUAUCCUGAUGCGAGCGAUGAAGAAAGCCUUGAAACCCUCCAGGAUUGGUAUCAGUUUUACCUUAUCCCUGGCGCUGCUCACUGCGGAACCAACGACCUCCAGCCUGGGCCCUGGCCAGUUAGUAACAUGGGAGUCAUUAUUGAUUGGGUUGAAAACGGCAUUACACCUACAAAACUUAAUGCUACAGUGUCCUCUGGCGACUUUGAGGGAGAGACGCAGCUUUUGUGUCAAUGGCCUACUCGGCCUCUGUGGCAAGGAAACAGCAGCAAUUUUGACUGCGUGAACGACACCACAUCUUAUGACAGCUGGACUUACGAUUUCCCAGCAUUUAGUACACCUGUUUACUGA